ACCGCGGGGGCCCCGCGAGCAGUGCAAGAACCGAUACCGUAUCGCGCCACAACCCGACGCGACGUCGGCAACCCUCGCCCGGAGUGAGGAACCCGGCGCCGCAGCCGCACGCCACACGCGCGCACACGUUGUAUUUCCCCUCCGGAGCGAGAAGAGGAAAGGAGAGGAUAAAAAAAAAAAGGAGAAUGAAAUAUGUCGCCCCUCCGCCGUCCGCGGCAUUUGACGCCGCUGCCCGCGCGCUGGUGACUCCGCUGGUACGAUGACACCGCGACCGAGCCAGCGACGGAUCGCACCGGAGAACGGUCACGCGUUCCUGCCCGCCAGCGAGUAAAAUCCUCGGCCGUACGGUUCCGCGGCCGCGGACCGAACCGAACCUGCGUGUAUACCGUCUGUCAGCCAUCAUGAUACUCGCCCGCGAGUCGUGACUUCUGGUGUGCUCCACUAUAAUACUCCGACGUCCCGUCCGAGUGGCAUGAGUUUUGACCGACUGUCCGCGCCGCGACACACGUGCCUCAGACUUUUGUUAAUUGCAGGUCCCCGUUACGUCGGAUGUUUAGUGGUGAGAGAUUUCCGGAGGAGUGCGAGGAUGCAUCAUCGCGCCGCCCGCGCCGAGGCCGAACGCCGCCGCGACGUCUCGUGCGCACGGGUCUGAUUCUCUGAGAGAAAGUCAACAAGCUGCUACCUUGUUGUGUCACACGCCCGGAGAGGUCCAAGUAUGAGUGGCCCAGCGGAGGAAAAUGGAUACCGGUAAAGUGUCAGCAUGCGCGAAAAGUCAGCAGAAUGUCAUGCUCACACAGGUCACGUGAGGGGCACGACAGAGAUGUGCUCGCGUGAUCCACCUACACUGCACCCGACCCUCGCCAAGGCAAAUGGUAAAAAUUCGAGUCCCCAGCCAGCUCAUCACACGGAGGCGCAACGUAUCGACGGCAACCUGCUGCCAACUCCCGGCGGUCGCUUGAAAUUCUUCAAAGAUGGAAAGUUCAUCCUGGAACUGUCUCACCGCAGGGACGGGGAAAAGACUACGUGGUUUCCCGUGCCGAAGAAAACCUUCUGGCCGCCCGCCAGCACCAUCCCGAAUCGGCAGGAGAGCUCUACUUCCCUCAGUGUUUCCGAUGACAAUUCGUCGGUCCAAUCCAGUCCUUGGCAGAGAGAUCACUGCUGGAAGCAGACCCAUCCCCGACGUAGGAUAACCACGGAAUUCAAUUUUUAUUACCGUCGAAAUCCGAAGACUCGAUUGUGCGCGCAUCUUCGCUUGAUAGCGAGGAAACGCAGGCGCCCGUUAGAUUCCACGACCGCGACCUCGGUUCCGGAAUCGACGACGGCCUAUCCAACGAGAGGGUCGCGGAAAUUGAACGGCACGUCGUCGUCAUUGUCGUCGUCGUCGUCGUCGUCGUCGGGCAGGUUAAUUCAGAUCGUCGAUAAACUGGCGCGCCUGCUGGAUCCUAAUGUCGUGUCGCCUCGCAAACGCAUCCUGCGAGAGCUGGAGAGAGUCUCGUUGGAGGAUCAGGCGUCCAAGAGGCGGGCCACUCCGCAGCCGCCGGUUUGCACGACGAGUGCGCCACCGACUCCUUCCUCGAAGCAAGUGUCGUCAUAUAGUAUAACGAGUAUCCUGGGGGAGGACAAGCCGAGUCCCGAGCCAGGUUUCUUGAGGACACUGCUGAAGCCGGACGACCGGCAGCCUGUGAAAUACUCAUCGACUAACGCCUAUCCGAGGGUACGAAUCGAUCCCUAUAUCGGGUCCAGCAAUACAUCCGUUCAUCAUCCGCUCUACGGGAUACCGAUGUUGCCACCUGGACCAUAUAGGGCGGCGCCUCUAUGGAUGGCGCCUCAUUAUCCGUCUCCCGUCCACUAUUCGCCUCCUAUGCACGUGUACGCACCGCCGCAUUCUCAUCCAUCGUCCCCACAUUACAAAGACUAUAGGGAACAAACUCUCACACCUCCUUCAGAUAUGCCUCUGAAUCUGUCGAAGCAUUCGGGUUGAAUCUCAGGAUCCCAAUAGAGUUGGUGCCUUACGAGUGGACAAAAUACUGCGCAAACACUGCCCGUGCAACGACAAUGCGAUAUAUAUUAGUAUUUUUUUAUUCAUAAAACAAUAGUAUCUUAGUAAGUAGAGGAAGAGAGAGAGAGAGAGAAAGAGAGAGUGAGAGCGACAAAUAUGAUGAAGCCAGAUAGUUGGAUUUUGGGAGAGCUAUACUUGUACAUACAAAUGCAUAAAUUUGUCAAUGGCGGCAUAGGUAUUUUAUAUUAAUAUUACACGCAAGAUUAAAAAAAAAAAGAAGGAAAAAUCGUGAGUGGUAAUAUACAAAAAACGUUAUAUAAAAAAUGCAGCUGUAUGUGUGUAUAUGUUACACAUAUUUUUAUCGUACGCGACCUGCGAGUAAAGCCGCGUAGAAAGGAAAAAAAAAAGAAAGAGGUAAAAGAAUCGGUGUGCGGUUUCUUUAAUUAUUUAAAACGAUUGUAAACGAUCCAUAUGUAGUCAACGCGGGAAUGUAUUGGCAAUUGAUCGAGUCAUUCGUACGUUUUUUUUACUCUUUCGACAUUGCUACUCUUUAUUUUAUAUAUCGCGACGAAGACGGGGGAGCGCACGCGUAAACCUGUGCAGGAGUGCAGGUCUCAUCCUGUGCAUCUCAUUUAUGCAUUUUCCCGUUAUUCUUAUAACGUUACUGUCAUUAUUAUCAUUAAUGGAAAAAAAAUGGUACAUUAUCUUAAAGGAGUCGAUAAGAAAGACAUAGGAUUAUGUACAGAACAGAUUAUUGCCUCUAUAUCUCUAGCGUAUUAAUUAUUCUUAAAGAUAGAAAUGCAUAAUAAAUUUAGGCUCUAAUAGAAUAUAUCCACAAUGGUAUACAGUUAUUUAUACGAUAUUAUAUAUAACGCAAAAAAUAUACGAGAGAACACAAAAUUACUUUGGUAACGACCGUGGGGUGUGCCUUACAGAGAGAACUAACGAAAUUCCAUGAAAUUAAAUUAUGAACGUUCUUGCGGAUGUGUAUUAUUAUAAAAAGGAGGCACUAUAUAUUGUGUAUAUAAUAAAUAUAUCUUUGUGUUACGUGUAUUUUUCAUCAAAUCGACAUUCUAUUCGUUGCUCUAUUUAUUAUUAGUCAGGCGCAUCGAGAAACAUUUUCACGUGAAAGCAAGGCAAGCUCGCACAGGUUCUACAAAUUAAGUGAGUAAUUUUAAUUGUUCGGCGCGUGUGUGUACGCGAUUCCCUUUAGCGAUUCCGACAAAAAAGUAUGGAGGAGUACAUAUGUGACUGCGCAUUAGCAAUUGUAUAGAAAAAGACUAAUUUCGUAAAUAUAAAUAUUUCAUAUACUACGUA